CUUUUCUCUUCUAUCAAAUCCAUUUUCGCAUUUCUUGCUUAUCAGCAUGGCCACUCUCCUGGGCCCACCUGAACUCUUAAAACCACAACCAACCGCCGUCGCCGCGGCCGCCGCCACCACCACCACCGCAGCCUCAGAACCCUUCAUUGACCUAAUGGUCUCGAGAUUUUACAGCCCCAAACCCCCAAUGGGCUUGACAGAGAACCAGUCCGCUACAUUCUUGUCAACCGGCAACCCAUGCCUUGACUUCUUCUUCCACGUCGUUCCCGACACUCCCUCCGACUCCCUCCGAGAGAGGCUCGACGUGGCAUGGGCCCACAACCCCCUCACCACACUCAAACUCGUCUGUAACCUCCGAGGCGUCCGCGGAACCGGCAAGUCCGAUCGCGAAGGCUUCUACACUGCUGCCAUGUGGCUCUUCUCUAACCACCCCAAGACACUCGCAGCCAACGUCCCUUCCUUCGCCGAAUUCGGUUGCUUCAAGGACCUUCCGGAAGUUCUCUACAGGAUUCUAGAAGGUUCAGAUGUGCGAAAGAAUCAGAAGGCGCAGUGGCUCAGCGUAAAAGGCUCCAGAAAGAGGAACAGGUUCAAGAAGAUGAGGGAAACAAACGCGUUCUACCUGGGGAGGGGAAGGGGAAGGGGAACGGGAAGGAAGUUGAGGAAUGCCAGAAACAAGGAGGAGAGCAUGAAGAAGAAGACGUUCGGUGAUUUCUUAGUAGGAUUGAAGCCCUUUGAGAAUUCGACGAACGAGAUGAUGAAGAAGGAGAAGGAAACUGCACGUUCUCUCAGGGAACAAAAGAAGGUUUCCAUGGCCAAUAAGCUCCUUAACCGUUACAACGAAGAUGCAAAUUUUCAGCUCCUCCACGAUAGCAUCUCCGAUCAUUUUGCCAACUGUUUGAAGAACGAUCUGGAGUUGUUAAAUUCCGACAAAUCAACGGCUAUCAGUCUUGCUGCGAAGUGGUGUCCCUCUCUUGACUCUUCCUUUGACCGAUCCACGCUUCUAUGUGAAUCCAUUGCGAGGAGGAUGUUCCCUCGCACCGAGUAUGAAGGAAUCGAGGAGGCGCAUUAUGCUUACAGGAUCCGUGAUCGGUUACGGAAGGAGGUUCUUGUCCCUCUUCGGAAGAUUCUAGAACUUCCAGAGGUUUACAUGAGUGAGAAACGCUGGGAUUCGAUCCCAUACAACAGAGUGGCGUCUGUGGCUAUGAAGCUCUAUAAGGAGAAAUUCAUGAAGCAUGAUAAAAAGAGGUUCAUGAAGUACCUUGUGGACGUGAAGUCAGGGAAGACUACAAUAGCCGCCGGCGCAUUGCUUCCUCAUGAGAUCAUACAGUCUUUGGGAUAUCGACGUCGCUGUCGAUAUCUAUAUCGAUAUGAAGAUGAAGAUGAAGAGGAAGAUGGUGAUGAGGUGGCAGAGCUUCAGUGGAACAGAAUAGUGAGUGACAUGCUUAAGAAGGGUAAGAUGAAGAACUGUUUGGCUGUGUGUGAUGUUUCUGGAAGCAUGAGUGGGGUUCCCAUGGAUGUUUGUGUUGCAUUGGGGUUGUUGGUGUCUGAAUUGAAUGAGGAACCAUGGAAGGGAAAGGUUAUCACAUUCAGUGCAAAUCCUGAGCUUCAUUUGAUUGAAGGCAAUAGUCUCUAUUCCAAGGUCAACUUUAUUAGGGAGAUGAAGUGGGGGAUGAACACGAACUUCCAAAGAGUGUUUGAUCGAAUUUUGGAGGUGGCUGUGGAAGGAAAAUUGAAAGAAGAUCAGAUGAUUAAGCGGGUGUUUGUGUUCAGUGACAUGGAGUUCGAUCAAGCAUCCGCGACGCCUUGGGAGACCGAUUACCAAGCAAUUACAAGGAAGUAUAGUGAGAAAGGUUAUGGCUCUGCUGUUCCUCAGAUUGUGUUCUGGAAUCUGAGGGACUCGAGGGCCACUCCGGUGGCGGCCACCCAGCAAGGAGUGGCCCUCGUGAGUGGAUUCUCUAAGAAUCUGAUGACUUUGUUCAUGGACAAUGACGGUGAACUCACCCCCGAAAGUUCAAUGGAAGCUGCAAUUUCCGGCCCCAAAUAUCAGAAACUAGUCGUGCUAGAUUAAUCAUUUUUUUUAUUGCCUUGAGAGUUUUCUUAAUCUGUGUA